AUGCCUCAGCCAUCCACAAGCGCAUUUGAGCGACCUCUGAGUGACUCUUUUCGUCAUCUCAGUUCAAUCACGAAGCUUCGGAGCGAGUGGGAGUUUAUCAAAUGGUCCCGUGAGCUGAAUGACGCUUUUGAUCUGAUCAAUGGUAACUUCUGGGAGAUUCUUUGUGGAGACCGACCCAUGCCUGCCGAGCCCGAGUACGCCGUAACCUCCCGCGAGGAGGUUCAGCGCUACAUCGCUGAUCGAGACCGCAUCUCAGUCAAGAGAGUGACGCAGCAGGAUCUCAACACAACUAUCCAGGACCAUAUCCAGGAGAACGUACGACUCCAUGAGAGAUAUGAGUCAAUUCUCGAACUGUGGAAGGAUCAGAACUGGCGAGCCCUCUCACUACUGAAGUCCACAGUUGAGUGCGAGUCACAGCAAUGCAUCUCCGGAAUCCGGAAUGUCCGCGAGGCUUAUCUCAAACUUCUAUCCAAUUACGGCACCAGCUGGCAGAAUGCCGUCCUGAAAUGGUCCAAGUGGACCGCGGUUCGAUUCGAACAGGACAUGACUCCUAAAUACUUCGUGAUGAGGUUCGAGAACACCCUCCAAGAACUUCUCCUGGUAAUGGACCCGACCACCGUUCCAUCCAUUAUCCAGUACAUGCAAUUUGUCAACUCCAUGCGAUACCAUGAAGGUGCCCAUAAGUUCCUUGCGACUGUGAGGCCUGAUGGCGAUUCCGGCAGUCUGAUGAAGACUACAUACGAACGCUUCUUUGCUUGUGGGCCUUACAAGCUGUGA